AUGAAGCGACAAACAGCCCUAGAUUUGAUUGCGCUGAUCUGUCUAUUGGCGGCAGAGAUUCAAAGCCAGCCUGUACUGGUGUACAUCAGGGAGAGGAGCGAUGCUCGUACGACUCUGCCUUUGCUAUUGCUGCUCAGCUAUCGGCCCCAAGUCGGCGUCCCCAUUCCCAUUCCCAUCCGACGGCCGCUAAAUGAGCCAACGAUAACGAGGCAGCCGCCAGUACAAAGCGAUGAGCCGGUCGAUGCCAACGCCCAAAUACGGGAACAGUUCUUACAAGGUAUACUACAGGGCCUGCAGUCCACGGAGGGCGGAGUUACCGUCCCGCCCGCUGUGCUCGCCGAUGUGCUGCAACAGGUGCAGACAACGAAGACGACGACCACGACGACGACGACUAGAGCACCUAAGACGAUGUUAGAGGAGGUAGCUAAAGAGCCAAACAGCAAUGACAAUGACCCCGAUUACGAUUAUAUAGACUUUAAGAACGGUUCUCGCAUCAAAUACGAACUGGAUAAUGAUCAGCAGUUAAAUAAUUCGCAGUUUGCCAAUAAAAGACCAGUUCGAGCGAUCUAG